AGUCAACAUAAACUGAUGGUGAGCAAUGGUUUAAAUGUACAAGUCUGAUAAUUAAUGAACUGAUAAUAAAUAAUACUGAUACGCUCAGCUGGUACUCCAGAGAUGUGCUCCUGCACACACAAACAGACACUAUUGAUUAGAGUAGGAUCCUGGUGUUUUUCUGUGAAGUGAAGCUUCUUUACUGCACCAGGAUCAUGCAGCACCAGCAGUAUGCAGAGGAGAGAGGCCUUCUGGGCUCACUGUGUCCUGGGCAGAAGAAGCUGGAGGGGAAGACCUUCUACCUGGACAGUGUGAAGAAACGCUCAACCACCCUGCUUUUGGAGACCAUAUCUCUUCUAGGAGGGAGGAUCGAGAGUUUCCUGCACAAGGAUGUGAGCUUUGUUGUGACUGGAAGCCAAGAGUGCCUGAAGGACCAGAAGUGUACAGAUGGCAAAGCAGCAACAAAAGGGACAAGUGAAGAAGCCCAACGUCCUAUAAUGACAAGAGAGAUUAUCCUCAGCAAUGACAAACGACGACCAGGAACUCCUCGACCAGUGGCUUGUGGCAGCCGUGGGAAGGCCCUGCUUGAAAAAGCCAUUCGCAAUAAUGAAGGACUGCGGAGAAGCAGUGUUUUGGCUAAUGCCCGAUCAUGGGGAGUGAAGAUUUUGUACGUGGAUGAUGUCCUUUUAUAUUUGAAACAGUUGACCCGAGAGAGCUUCAGUGUGACACACAAGAGGCCCGAGAGGACUUACACCAAACAAGGUUGUCAUGUUGUUAAAGCUGCAGCUUUGAGGGCUCCCUAUCUUAAAAUUGAAGACUUGUGCAGGAAAUACAAGCCCUUGUACAUGCACUCUAUGGCCUUCCCCACUCUGUGGUACAAGGGCCGAUUUAGUCCCUUUGAAUCUCCUCCUCCUCAGUUGGAAAAGUGGACAGAGCAAGAAGAAAGUAAAAGAAGGGAGAAGAAAAAAGUUGAAAGCAGCAUUCAGGACAAACCUCCAACGCCACUCAGCUGUAACCCUUCACCUUGGCGGCCGCGGAAAAAGGACCUGUCUUACUGUGAAUGCUGCCAUCAACCCUUCACUAAUCUGGAGGAGCACUUGCAGUCUGAUCAGCACCGUGCGUUUGUGCUGGAUCUCUCGAACUAUCGAGCGAUGGACCAACUCGUGGCUGAAAUGCUUCCGGGAUUCGACCCCGAUCCACCUCAACAAUCAGAAGAAACGCUGACCCGACCACCAACUCCCUUGCUCAUCCAAGAUGUCUGUGAACUGGAGCCUCUCACCGAUGUUGAGGCGGAGCAUGCUGUUCAAGCUCUGCAGAGACACGGUUCAUCAUUCAAUGCUCACAUCUCCAGCCCUACUGUGGGUCCUGUUUCCUGUGACCCAGCUAACCCAUCACCAGGAGUUCAGUUUCCCUUCCCAAAUCCAGCCACUCCACCUGCUGACAUCCAGCCUUUCACCACAAACACAGACUGCCAGAUCCUCGACAGCCACCCUCGCGCUUCAAGCCCAGUCAUGCCUGUAUUGAACGUUGAACCCCGAGCCCACGACUCAGCUAGCCAGCAGCCUAAUACUCACCAUUUCUUCCCCUGCCCUGACACGCCAUGUCCAUCCCCUGACCCUUACUCCCUGCCUCCUGUCCUCAGCCCACAAGUUCCUUAUCCCUCCUGCAUUAUGGAGCCACACUGCCCAUACUCAGACCCUCCUGUUCUCAGUCCUCAACUGACCACUGCAGAGGAGGCUGUGGGAGGACACACUUAUGAAAUGGACACUGCAGAAAGUGUGUCUCAGUUUCUCCCAGCGGUCACAUUCCCACGUUGUCCCUCUAUGGCUUUAACAAAUACAGAAGGAGUAAAGGGAUCAAACCAAGACAAUCUUUUAGGAUUUAGUGGCGUCAUAUGUUCCACCAGUGGUUUGGCGUGCGCUACACUGUUUUCACGUAGAGCUCGUUCCCUCCCUCGACAGUCAGCAACGACACCAAACCCCAAAAAGCGCUGUAGGUCAGCCAGCCCCCAACACAGCCGGAGCAAAAGGAGGAGGGUUACAGCGAAAUUUGACCACAGGGGUAGCUGGACUGAACACGGGGAUCAAUCUGCAAAACCAGAAAGUGCCACUCUGACAAAACCAGAGGGCUGUUUAUUUACCAGGACUGUAUUAUCUGACAGGAAACCUUGUCAGAUAAUACAGUCCUGUCCUAAUACAAAGGUCUCUUCAACAUGCACUGUGGAAACGAGUGAUUUAAAACAGACGUUUACCAUGUUUUGCGUUCCUACUGUACAUAACUUCACACAGACAUCAAAUCAAAUGGACAUUUUAGGUCACGGUAGCACUUCUGUUGCAGAUCAGCCAUCACGGCCACUCUCAAAAGCAAAGACUUUUGAUCCUCCACUUCAGUCCCCGAAUGAUAAAACUCUCAGCGCAUUUUCCAGCCAAGACUCUCAACGCUCAUUAUCCCACUCCACUUCGGUGUGCAUCGAAUCAGCCCUCAUCCCAGACUUAGCCACGCCAUCAUCAUCAGACUCUGACUGGGAAUGUGACCUGCUGUCACGGCUGGGACCGACCUCGACGAAUACGCUGUUGCCCACUGAGCAGAACUGCGAGCUCGACAAGGAACUCCUCCACAGGCCGUGCACCUGGACGCACGACACCAGCUAUGAGUCACGUCUACACACUGUACUUCAGCCGUCAACCCCGCCGACAUCACUGUGUGGGGAAGAAAUGGACCCCUCUGCUUUUUCCAGGACUGUGGUACAGAUUGUCGAGGUUCAGCACUGAUGUUUCUUUUCUCGAUUGUUUUAAAGAACUGGAAGAACCACUAGUAAGACUUUGACUUUGCAGCUGCAUAUCCAACCGCAGGAAACAAUGGGCAGCACUUAAGCUCUUCAAAAUAAGAAUAAAUAUUUAAAAAUUGGUGCAAAGUUUUGCUCCUUUUUAGAGGUGAAGAUUUUUAUUUUUACUUUUAUUUUUUGUGGUAGUAGACAUUACUUAAUGGAUGCUGCUUCCCAUGAAUUUGAAGUGUCCAUUCUCAUUAUCAACCCCCUAAUCCCCCUCGUGCACAGAACCCUCAGCAGUUUCCUGUAUGUCUUGCUGACUUGGGUCUUUGAGCAGCACUGUCCGGGAGCACGUGGUGGUAUUGAGAAUUUAAUGAGGCUUUUCUGAAGGGGGGGCAUUACUCAAUUACUGUAAGUGCUGCGUCUGGAUCAGAUCCCACUUGCGCCGAUGUUGGUGAGGCGUAAGUAGAGUGGAGAACUCGCACACAACCUGUGAGACAGAAAACUGAUUAAUGUCAAAGGGCUUUUCCUGCCUUUUGAAGGUUGGCCAGCGGACUUCUUUGUCAAGGAGAGACGACCGCAGCUACAGGGAUGUUUAUUAUCUUCACAUGUCUGUUUUUGAAGUGUAAGGUCACCUACCAUUAAAGACUUGUCAUUGCUCAUCACAACAGACAAAACUACCAAAAUGUCCAAAAAUUGCACCUUCUUCUGAACAUCUUGCAUGGUCAUUUAAAACAGAUGCAGAGAGAAGCCGCACAUGAUUUCAGCAGUUCUGUGAAGUUAACUCUUGUACAGUGUUUUUAAAUAAAUGUUUUUAAUCAUAAA